UCUUUCAUGCGCUGCGCGGUGCGCCAUUCAUAGUUUUAGCGCAGAGUUGUAAACAACGCUCAAAGCUGUUUCUGUUUUGUGUUUUCAGUUUCAGUGUGUGUUGAGGUGCAGUGUUUCUAACUUUAAAACGUGGACAUAGAAAACUAUUUGUUUUAUUUUAGUCAAGGCCUUUCAACUAUUGUUUGUUUUAAAUAAAUUUCAAGGAUACAAAUUGGAAUUCUGACACCGUUGUUUUUCUUCGAGGUUAUCUUGGAAAGUUUCUUGAAACCAGACUUGCAAACUCGCAUGGAGUAAUAAUCGUUUGUUGACUUCAGAUCUGAGUGGUGGAGGAGUCAGCAACUGCCCUGUUCAUCUUCAAUGUUGAAGUGAUGUUGUGACACGUUGCGUUGCGUUGCGUUGGAAUGGAUGCAGACUUGGAGGACUAUUGGGCAGAGUACAGAAUCAUUCAAGAGGCGAAACUCUUGGAUGACUUUUUAAAUGAAGAGUCGAAUGUUGCGAGUGGUGAAGAUGCGGACGGCCUGGACGAAGCCGAGUGGCUGGUGGCGGCCGGUCUGCCGCAGUUCUCUGAGAAGUUCCUGGCGGGGAAGGAGAUCGGCGACGUGGAGGUGGGCCAGGCGGUCAGCCUGAUGUCGGGGCCGCAGGCGCAGGCGGUCCGGCGGCGGGUGCAUUCGCUCAACCACACCCUCCGGCAGCGCGGGCGCCAGCUCAGGGCCAGGCAUCGCAAACCCGACAUCAGGGAUGUUUUCAGGGAUGUUGAGAGCUGGAGUACGGGAUCCCGUUCCCGAAGUGCAACUCCGGACUCACUCGACUCGACGCCUCCAAGUCCCCCCUCUCCUUGGACGACUGCUCAAGUCUACCAAGAGAACAAUCUGCCGGAUGCCCCGAUACCAAGCUUCGUUCAGAUCUUCGAGGGGCCGCCGUCCAUAGCGACGCAGCGCAACGAGUCACGUCGCGAGGUGCGGCGGUUGCCUAGCGCCCCUCUUCCACCACACCAUCACAACCUCUUCCGGCGUGCCAGUCGCUCUGGUGGGGACAUUGUCGCUUCCGAAACUGCGGAUGGCAUAAUAAUGGUUGGCUACCAGCGACUGGGGUCUGUGCGCUAUGGCAUGCGUACGAUUUCGACGGCCGGCAUACGGGAGCGAGGCCGCAGUGGCAGUGACCCCCUCCACCUCAGCUCCAGUGCGCCCAGUGUCGACAACCUCAUCGACCAACAUCAAGGAGACAAAGAGGGACGAGAUUAUGUGUCGGAUGAUAGGAGUGGAGGAAGCCAAGAGAUUCUGUACGAUGGUGGUCGCAGACACAGUGCUGGGGGAGUUGAACUGGGAUUCGAGGAGAUGUGGAGGGGAGAAGAUCCUUUGGAUUAUCAAGAUAACAAGGAUCAGAAAUUGAAUUGCUCUGAGGAUAUCCUGGGCCACACGUACAUAGACUGGUUGAGUGACGAGGAUGUCGCCAAGCUUCGUCCGCUCCUUUUCGUUGAGUUGACCGCAAUGAUGGAUAGUUGUGGUGUACAUUUUCACAAGAGGAAACCACAUAAAAGAAAAAGGAAAGAAGAUCGCAAUCUGUUUGGAGUAUCAUUAGAGACGCUAAUAGAAAAUGACCAGCAUUUGACCAACGAAGCUCACAAUGUACCUCUAGUCGUUCAAAAGGUGCUGCACGAACUGGAGAGACGCGGCCUGGACGAGGAGGGAGUGCUGCGAGUGGCGGCGCACAAGGGCAAAGUGGAGGCUCUGUGUGUUGAGCUCGAGCACCACUUCUACAGUCGACCCGAGCACACUGACACCCUGCUGCAGCGCGCGCCCAUCCACGACCUCGCCACCUUGCUCAAGAAGCUGCUCAGGGACUUCCCAGAGCCGCUCCUCUCUCUCCAGCUGGUCGAUCUCUUCUAUCAGUCGCACCGUGUAACAGACACAGCACGAGCGCUGAAUCUACUCGUACUCCUUCUUCCUGCAAUUCACCGAGCCACUCUGCACGCCCUGCUCUCAUUCAUGAACAACCUGAUCGCUCAUCAGGCUCAUAACAAGAUGUCUGCCCACAAUGUCGCUAUGAUUAUAGCUCCAUCUCUGUUCCCUCCAAGAUAUGUGAGAAUAGAGAAGGAGGAUUUGAAGGCGCAGGUGGGGUUGGCAGCAGUCAGCUGCCGGCUGACAGAGAUGAUGCUCAAGUGCGGUGACAGCCUCUGGAAUGUUCCGCCCAGGCUUCUCAAACAGCUCAGGACUCUCAAUGAUAAAGAAAAACUGAAGCUAAAGGAAAAUAAUAAACCCAUGAAGAAGUUCUUGGGGCGUACGAGGCAUGUUGCGAGGGACCAGAUUACUAGGAAAAUCGACAACGAAGUUGAUUUCCAGGAGGGUGUCAUUCGAGUGAAUGCGCCUCAGUUCCAGCUCACAGAAGUUCCUUUCACGUUGACACCUUCCACGAGGGCUGGAGAUGUUGUUCUAAGGCUGGUAGAGAAAGCCGAGCAAAUGCCAGUUAUUCAGGCGGUGCCAGGACAUACGAAGCUGGGUCGCCGUGACAUCAAGUCGAGAGCGCUGUCCGAACUGGCCCCAAAUGGCAAUCUCAGCUGCAUCCUGUCCACAGCUGAUCCUGAAAUGGCCCAGCAGACUCAUUUCCUCCACGAAGUUGGCGGCAAUAUAGGUCAAAGAAGGAUAGAACCGACUGCCAAUGUAUUGGCAAUCUACCAAGAAAAUCCUAACGCUCAAUGGAUCAUUGAAUGCGAUCACCGCAACGGCAUCAAUCAGAUGUUCUUCAGAAAGUGAUGAGCAUCGCAUCGUCGUUCAUUUUCUAGAUCAAUCCAUAUUGAAUUAGUCAUUACUUUAUUCUACUGAUGUUCUAUUUCAUGUCUUAAUUUCUAUAUGAAUAAAAAUAUUACAGUUCAAAGUAUCAAUAGCACAGAAUUGAUAAAUUGUGAGAAAUCGUAGAUAUUAAUCUGAUAAGAUCAUCAAUCGAAUGAAAUGGACUAGGUUGUUGUCAGCAUGAAGACAACAUUUUUCUAUUUCACUGAAGAUAUUUGUUCACAGUUCCCUUGUGAACAACGUUUCUUCUAUAGUAAUUUACUUUAAAUGAAUUGGUGCCAAUAGACCAAUCCAAUCGGAAUUGUAUUAUUUGGAUUGACUUUACUAGGAAAGCCAUCCAAAACAAGCUAGAAAAUUCAUUUUAAUUCACCUCGGCUGGUAAUAAUUCAAUCUUUACAACGAUAAUAUAUUAUAAUGCAAAUAUUAUAGGUUAUAAAUCAUCAGAGUGCGUUCGUUCUUCGUUGGAUCGCGGUUUUAGAUAGGUACUAUAUAGGGUUCUAUAAAUUAAUUAUUUAUUCUAUGAUUUCGUUUAUGUUUCGAAAUCUUAAUCUUCGGAUUAGUCAUAAUUUAUAUUGAUUUAUUCUAAAUAACAAUUUAUCAUUGUUGUAGAAUGAUUGGCAUUAAUAUCACUGAUAUUGCAUUGGGUAUUAUAGAAAUUACAGUAAUUGUAGGCUAAUCUAAUACACUACAAAACGAAUAAUUUUAUUUUAAUAGUUUGAGUUAUAAGCAUCCCAAUGAUUCAUGUUAGAAAGAAAAAGUCAUUAGAAACUCCGAAAUAAAACUGCAAUAUUACACUUGAACUUUCUAGUCAAUAUCUUCUUACAAAAUCUGAAAACAUUAAUGAAAAAUGUCUGGUUAUAGGCUACCUGUAUCUUGAUGUAAUCUUUCUUUAUUUCUAUAUAUCUGAAAUUUUAAUUCUUUGACCAAAGCGUCAAGAAGAGUAUUUGGAUUGGUGAAGAUACUGAAGAAAGAGUAGAUAUAAAUAAAUUGUAUCAAUAACGGUACAAUCUCUUGUAAUGCCUCUGUCUCUAUUAGUGCCAUUACUUUGUAAAAUAUUAUUCAUAAUAACUAUUUUUUAUUCUCUAUUUCUAAUUCAUAUUUCGAGCUCAUUAUAUUCUAUUUUUUGUGAUUAUGAACACUUGAUAUAAUCACAAUUAUCAUCAAGUUAUGCUAACGAAUUACGGUAGGUCACAAAUCAAUGAACAAAUUCAUAAAAUUUAUUCAAAUUUGAGAUAUAUUAAGUUCCUUAUUAUAAAAAAUGUGUGCCUAAAAUUGGCUGAUAUAUACGAAUAAUUUUAUAAAUUCCAAUAAUAAUCUUAAAACGACUCUCUUACUUCUUACUUAUAAACUUCUCAUAAGUCUUGUAUUUUAUUAAAUUUAUUAUCUAUUAUAAUAUACUAUAACGUUUACAACUCUUCAUCAUGGAACAAAACACUUCUAAUAACUAAUUUAUAGUAUGUAGCUUUGUGAAUAACAUUAAUUUAUUCUUAAUUUCUUUCAUCGAGUUUGUGAUAGUUUAUUAUUGGAGAUUGAAUAGAUUAUUGUUUGGUGAUCUCAGGGCUAAGUUUCCAGAUUGAAUGCAAGUAGCGUAUUUACUGAAGCCUUGGUAACUUACCGUGGUAAAUUACUUUGAAUUUGGAAUUAAUUCUAUCAAUUUUGUUCUCUAUCAGAAAUUUUUACUAUAUUCCUACUCAUAUUUUGAUUCAAUAUCUUAUAUUUAUUAUUUGGUUUAUUUUAUUAUGAGUUUAUUUUCAAUUUUGUGCCAGUAUUAUACUCUGUUAAAUCGUUACACUACUUGUGCUUGCAAAGGUGCUCAAUGAUAAAUUAUAAUGUGAAACGCAUGUCGAUCAAAUGUUGAAUUAUAAAUGUUACCUUAAUAUAGGAAAAAUACGUUGAGCUUCAGACAUUAUAUUCUGCAAACCUCUGGAACUUCGGCUGUAAAUAUUGUACAAAUUGUUGAAUAUUAUUCCGAUUGUCAAUAUAUUAUACUCAUGAAUUUUGAGUUUGAUG